GCCCACGCAAAACUUUCGGAUUUUAAGAAUGAUUAAAAAAAUGUAAAAGGCCCAUGCUUCCGGCCCAACAGCGAGCCCGUCACCUGUGCCCUGUCUCUGUCGCUCGUGCUGUCCUCUUCCAAUCGAGUCGAGCUAUCGAUCCAGGCAAACGCCGCCGCCGCCGCCGCGCCGCCUGCCCGCCUUCCGCCUCCACGACUGGCCCGGCCCCGCAGAUUCUGCCCAAGCCCCAGCUCAGCCAAAUCUCUCCUGUAGUUUACUGUCGCUGUGCCCUGCAGAUAUCACUAUCACUUGCCCCUCUGUGGCAGUUGUCCAUUCGAUUGCAAGUCUGCCUGUGAAGGCUCACAUUCCUACAUCUACGGAAAUGCAUCCCCAUCUAACCCUACACAGGCAUCCUAUGUGUGCUGAGAUUAUCGAAGAAUUCCAGAAGUGCCAUGUGGAUCACCCCAUCAAAAAAUUCUUUGGUGAAUGCACAGAUCUUAAGAUUAAGCUUGAUCGGUGCUUCCGGCAGGAGAAAGCUGUGAAGAGAAAGGCAAACUUUGAAGAGAGCAAGAAAUUUAAAGAAAGGUUGCAGGCUUAUAAAAAGGAAAUGGCUGAGAAAGAAAAUGAAUCAUAGCUUCGAACGGAGGACAAGGACAUUCACUGAAUGCUAUUUUGCUGCAAUCCUGUGGCUUCAACUUUGUGAAACGAAGUUCCGGACUUGUCUUUACUUCAUGUUUACAUCACAUAUCUACCGUUAUAAGAUUACAGCUGAGGUCAUAUAAUCUAUUUAGAAGUUCAAAUUUCCCUCUCUGGCUGUUGCUAUUCAUGGUUAGUCUAUUCCCAUCAUAUAUAUAGACAAUAAAUCUUGCUCCAAGUUGGUGUUGUACUGUAAAAACUACUAUAUGAAAUCUUUUUUUUUCUUCUUGAAACUUCUGUAUGAAAUCUUCACAACUAUGAAAUGAGUGGCAAGUAAAUCCAGUA